AUGAGCUUCUACAGCAUCGCAACCUUCGCAGGGCCAGCCCUCGGCCCCAUCAUCGGCUCCUUCGCCGCCUACCGCCUGAGCUGGCACUGGGCAUUCAUCAUCCCCUGCCUCUUCUCCGCCGCGCUCUGCAUCGCCGUCAUCUUCUUCCUCCCCGAGACCUACCCACCCGUCCUCGUCUCCCGCCUCGCACGCCAACUCCGCAAAGAGACAGGCGACGACCGCAUCCGCUCGGCGCUCGAGUUGGCGGAAAUGAAGAGUCGUGGGACGCCGAGGAUUCAGCGUUUCAGAGCAGAGGCUUGGAGGUUGUUGGGCACGCCUAUAGUGAUGAUCUCGACCGAACCGAUCGUGGCGGCUGUCGCGGCGUUUGCGAGCUGUUGCUACGCACUUAUUUAUCUCCUCUUCGAAGGCUACCCCGUCAUCUUCAGCGAAGUCCACCAUCUCGGACCAGGCUACUCCUCCCUUCCCUUCCUCUCCAUCCUCGUCGGCGCCAUCAUCUCCGUCCCGGUCACGCUCUGGUAUCAAAAGCUCUACCUGCGAGAUGUCAAGCGCGAAGGCCGGCAUACGCCCGAACAACGACUUCCGCCUGCGCUCGCCGGCGGUCCGAUGAUCGUCGUCUCGUUCCUCUGGCUUGGAUGGGGCGGCUACAAGCCGCAUGUGCAUUGGAUCGUCCCAACGCUGUCGGGCGUCCUGCAAGGUGUUGGAAGUGUCUUGAUCUUCCGCUCGAUGCAGACGUACCUCAUCGACGCCUACGAGCGCAACGCCGCCUCAGCACUCGCAUCCAACGUCGUCACCCGCUCCAUCGCAGGCGCCCUCUUCCCUCUCUUCGCCCCAGCACUCUUCCACCGCCUCGGCGUCCAAUGGGGCUGCACGCUCCUAGCGGGUUGCAUGCUCCUCCUCGUGCCCGUUCCCUUCCUCUUCGAGCGGUACGGCGAGCGAUUGAGACGACGGAGUCGGUUCGCGCCUGGACGAUAG